UUAUAUUUUCCCGCGGUUCGCCAGUAAUAGCGGGAAAAUAUUGUAUUGACGGCACAGUGCAUUAUAAUGGAAGGUUCCAUUAGUAGCCAAUAGCUAUUAAGCGUAAAGAACAGGAUUUCGAAAUGUAAUUCAGGUAUUCACUUCUAGCCGCCGUGCGGCACGAGUUAGACGAAAAUGGACGCCCAAGCAGUUCAAAGACAAAUUAAUGAUACUGUACGCGCCUCGAAUAAUGAAAUGCUGAGUAGUUUCUCGGAGCUUCUCGACAACAGGCUUACAGAGAUGCAGAUAACAAUACAUGAGAACCAGAAAGCUAUUGCCGACAGACAAGAGGCUAGAAUUGAACAAGUCGUGUCAGACGGAUAUAAAUUCAAAAAACGCGGCAACGAAGAGCAGCACAAACACAACGUCAAGGUCCUAUCAAAAGUGCAGGAUGCCAGUGAACAUUUGGAGGAAGGCAGUAUUGAAGACGCUCAACGUAAAAUAGCAGAAGGUGUGGACAUUAUAAAACAUAGACAAAAAUUAAUAAAACUCGCAGAUUCGUCAGAGGCGGGAUGGAAGGCAGUUGACGAGUACGUUAAGAAUCCUAUAGCAUCAGAUUCCGAUGACGAGAAGAGAAUCACGAAAGCACAGACUCGGGCCGAGAGGAAACUAAAGGAGGAAAAGGCAAAGAAACGAAAAAACCUGAGAGAAUUUACCAGGCCCUACCCAAAGCCAGUGUCGACACAGACAACGCCAAGUGAAUCUACAUGGAAGCCUGGGCAUUGCUAUCGCUGUAACAAGAGAGGUCACUGGAGAAAAGACUGCAAAAAAAAAAACUAGAUGACAAUAAGAUAAGUACACUUGUUUAUCAAAAUAAUCAUUUGAUUAAGCAGAUAAACGACGGAGGGUAUCAGAAGCAAUCGUGCGUGGUAAAUAUUUCACCUGUAGGCUAUUUACGGGAAAAUAUAGGUCAGUGGCGUUCGAUUGGUACAAACAGGUAUAUUUUGGACGUUAUUGAAAAUGGCUAUAAAAUGCCAUUGUUUACCACACCAGAACCCAUAGAACUUAAGAAUAAUAGAUCUGCGUUAGAAAACGGUGAGUUUGUAGAUAAAGAAA